AUGGCGGACAACGACAGCAACCUGACGAAGCAGGGGGCACCACCGGACUACUCCAUGGGGUCCCCCAUCACACCCAUCAGCGUAAAGAGUUUUUGUAAGCCAAAGAUGCGUCAACAGCAAAAGCCUAAUGGUUCAAUUUCUGGGAAUGCACGUGCACAUGUUCAGGAACUUUCUUUUGUGAUCACAUCUGAAAAUUUGGCACCAACAGGCAAUGGCUGCAGAGUUUUCCGCGUUUCCGUCCUGCAGACAACAUCAUCUGGUCGAUCUACCAAGUACAAACAGACAAUGCAGAUGGAUACCAACCCACCCUCAACCCAUCUAACCGAGUUUCUGCCAAUGGAGCAGUAUCUACCAGCAUUACUGCUCCAGAUACUUCACCUUGUGCUGGCAUCGAGCCCAACUCUGGUCCACCCAAAUGGCCAAACACUACUUAGAAACCACUGCCGAUCUUUUAGCAGACCAGAACAAGGACCAACAUCAUCCGAAAACUUAUUUUUUAUUUUCGGGCGAGAAUGCAAUCGGGCGAAUCUUUCAUCGUUCGGGCGAAAAAUGCCUCAAGCGAAAGCUCUAGUUACCUUUGGGUAG